AUGGUCCUACGUAUAAAUGACGCUGGACUGGACGAUCUGGCCGAAUACACUCGGCAAUGGAUGUUCGAUACGUUGAAGGAAUUGAGAAUGGAGAACUUUAGCCAUCGGUUUGAGCGAGGGCUGGCGUCUGGCGAGCUGAUCUUGUCCAAUUUGGCGAUUAAGGAGUUUGCUCCGCCGCUGAUCAAAUAUCGACCGCAUAGCAAUUCGCUGCUCUAUGUGACAACAGUUGGGGGAGAUGCGGAGGUAAGAGAAUCCAAUGGAGGAGUCAUAUCAGUCUGUCGGGAAAAUAAUGAGCACAAUUGCGCUGCGCCGAUCGCGUCGCUGAGCUAAAAAGCAACUUGAUUUUGUCUUGAGAAAAUUUAUUUUCUCGGCGGCGAUGCGAUUUUUUUUGCGAUAAAGUGUUCAUUAUUUUCCCGACAGACUAUUAUCAGGCCAUUACAUUAUCCGUGUUUACCGCAAAGACUUUGUGAUUUCAGAUCCACGCCGACUGGCUUAUUAAUUCCAACGUGCUGGCGGCUCUGGGAAUUCCGCUUCAUGGAACGGCUACUGGCCGAAUCAAGGGCUUCCGGUCGAGUGUAGCCGUAAAUGUAGGUAUAAAAACUCUGGAAUUUACGUUCGGUCAAGAUUUUCUUGAUCAAAAAAGAUUAUUAACUUGAUAAUCAGUCGGACUUGAAAGAUGACCAAAAAUUACCGGUCAGUUGGCCAAAUCUAACCGGUCGAGUAAAAUAUUCACAGGAAAAAAGUUGCGCAGAUUCGCCAACACCCCAAAAAUGAAAAGUAAAUUCGAGCUGUGCCCAGGAAAAAUAGCCCAAAAAGGAAACAGUUCCUUAGGGUAAGGUGGUACGUAAAAAAGAAGGUACCUCACCAACUAAAUCCACUGUCCGGGCAUUGACAACAAUGAAUUGAGCUUGCACGCCAAAUUUGGGCUAAUUCUGACCAGUUUCCACAAAGUAAUAAGUUGUGGCCAGAAUAAGGAACUUUUACCCCAGCGCUAAUCUAAACCUAGGCUAAGCCUAAACAAAGCCUAACCCGGCCUAGGUCUAUCAAACUUUUUAUUGCACAGAAUGUCCGUUGCAGGCCCCUUUCAUCUUCCCAAGACUUGUGAUAUUUUUGGUGGCCAAUCUGCGGAACUUUAACCAAAGCUCCCCACUGCGAAGACAUCACCUUUGAUUUACAUUUUCAGGUCGUGAACUCCGUUGAAUUGGUCGUCCAUCAAUGUGUUGCGCGAUUCGGCGAGUUCGACCUUCGCCUAACCGGAAGCUUGGCAGCCGAGAUACUUCAUUGGUUUCGAAAUGUGAUUGGCCGGAUUAUGCAAGCCAGAGUCGAACAGGUAAUCCAAUUUCAGCCUUACAUUAGAAAAGAUGCUAACUACUUCAAAAUCUCCUUCCCUUCAGGCGUAUUGUAAAAUAAUAUCGGAGAAACUGCUGACCUGGCUAAAAACGCAACUUCUCAAAGUCCCUCAUCGAAUUCAGAUGAAUUUGGGAGAAGAUUUCCAAUGGAUUCAGAGUUUGCAUGCUAUUCGGCCGGCGGAGAAUUUCAUUGACUUGCAAAUGAAGAACCAGUUUUUCAGCAAUGGACUUCUAAUGGAGGCGGUUUCAGCAAUGCCUCCGGAGACCAGCAGCAGCGUGAUGUAUCACGGUAGGGGCACAAAUAUUUCGUAUGCCAAAUUUUAUACAAAUUGGGACGUCGCAACAGAUUUAUUUUGCUUAAAAUAGUGCCUACGGCGUUUACCGACCCCUGAAAUUUUUAGUCCUUGCUUUACAGAGGCAUCGACUAUUAAUUCACCUUUCCUUUUCCAGAAAUUCCCCACACCCCGCACGUUCUCGAGGUUUUCAUGGACGAAGCGCUGCUCCAAGAGAUGUUGUCGACAGCUCAUUUCAGCGGCGAGCUUGUCACAAAUAUUAGUUCGCCAUUCCUUCGAACCGACUGUGAUCUCCUAUGCCUCGGCAAGAUCGUCCCAGAACUCCGUCAUUCGCUCGGGAAAUCGGCCUUAUAUGCCGAGGUGUUCACCAACGAGCCGCCGGUCGUUAAAUUGGUGACAAAUCGAGCGCUGAUAUAUCUGAACGUAACUUUUGGACUCUACCAGAAAAUCGAUGAGGUUUUGAAUGUCCUCGAUGUAUAUAAUGACGCUGUGGUUGGGGCGAAAGCCGUAAAACAUCCGAAUCAAGAGCCGGUGGUGCAGAUUGAGAUUGCCGGAGAAGCUAUUGUUCAAGCUUCGCUGACCGAGAAAAACUUGGAUGUGAAUUUGAAUCUGCAUCGAAGCAGGGGCCAGCUGAUCAGCUCGAAAAUUGUGGGGAUUUCGCAAAAAGUAAGCUGAACUUAAAAGGGUAUUGUUGAAGAUGCAGUGGACUGAUCUUUGUCAAAUUUUGGGGUGUUUUCUACAGAGUUUAGCCGUCGGUUUUAAACUUCCGGCAGGUACAAAUUUAGAUAAAAUUACUCGAUAAAACUUCCUUAUUCUGGCCACAACUUACAGUGGCGGUCAAAAAAAACGGCCACCCCAAGAUGAUGCGCUCUAACGCAGAAGAGAGUGGUCGUAGGAAGAUAAAUAUGGUAUCAUUGUAAAGCUUAUGGAAUACUAAGACGUGUGACUAUACGCUUGUGGUACUGUAGUGCUGGCCUAGCACGUACUGGAGCAAUAUGUUCUUUUGGCCUGGUCAAAAAAAAAAUGGCCACCCAUAAUUAUUUUGCUUUAAACGCGGUGUAUGUUAGAAAUUGCCACCAUAUGGGACUGGACUAGGAUAGCUAUAUCAAUACACACCAAUUCCAGUAUUUUUUACUUUAUACAUAUGCCCUCAGGCAUCAGUCAAGGUUGAUGACCUUGUUCAUAGUCAUCAACAUGCCCGGCCAAAUUUUUUUUUGGGUUUGUGCCGUUGUUUUGAUAAUCCGAGGCAAUACUGCAGACGGUAUUGAUCGUAUUCGUGUGUAAGACUGCCCACUUUUAUUAAAAUUGUGCCCCUUCUGAUAAGAAAACUCAAAAAAUGGAAUUUUUUGACCUAAUUUUCUCCAAAAAUCCGUUUUGGAGGCCGCUAAACAAUGAAUGUAGAAUCUUAAACAGGUUUUAUUUUUUACAAGAACAUCAUGGACAUUUGUUUUAACACGGCACCGGUUAAAGGAAACGACCGUCCGAAACGACAGAUACCGUUUUGUUACAGUUUUCGACUUCAGGAAAUAGUCAUAAUCUUCAGCACUACAGUACCACAAGCGUAUAGUCACACGUCUUAGUAUUCCAUAAGCUUUACAAUGAUACCAUAUUUAUCUUCCUACGACCACUCUCUUCUGCGUUAGAGCGCAUCAUCUUGGGGUGGCCGUUUUUUUUGACCGCCACUGUAUAACUUUGCGGAAACUGUUCAGAAUUAGCCCAAAUUUGGUGUGAAGGCUCAAUUCAUCGUUGUCAAAGGACAGUGGAUUUUGUUAGUGAGGUACCUUCUUUUUUACGUACCACUCUACCCUUCAAAAACGGCCGCAGCCUGCGAUUUACACUUUAUACGAUGAAACCUGUCUGGAACUAAACUUAUUGCCUCCGUGUAGAACUAAAUGCCGUCAUAGCCUUAGUACCCUUAAAACUACAGAGCUACUCUAGUAAUUCAGUGCCAGCUAGGUCGAAGACUUUUUUCCUAACUUUAGUACCCAAGCUUGGGCGCAGUUCGCGGAGAAUCUUUGUUGUGGCCAGAAUAAGGAACUUUUCCCAAUUAUUCUAUCGGUGUGUCGGGAAAAUAAUGAGCACAAUGUCGCUGCGCCGAUCGAGAAGUGAAACGCAAUUUGGUUACCGACACAAUUCGUUUUCUAAGUGCCAAUGCGCUUUUCGAUGCGACAGAGUGGUCAUUAUUUCCCCGACAGACUUAUAAUUCCCAAGCAAAACAGGCAAAUUGUAAGUCAGAAAUGUCUUUCUCAACAAGCGCCUUCGCAUUUCGAAAACUCUAGUCGACAAAGUCCGUUGAAUAUCUCGGCUGCUACAGCAAGGCGUGAGCUGAAAUUUUAAGGAAAUGAUUUGUAAUCCAUGAACAACGAAUGUUCAAAAAUUCAAAGAAAAAACUAAAAAAGUGUUGUACAGUGCCAACUUUUUAGACAGUCGAUUUGAUCCUUUCAAUGUCCGUUCCGUUCCUUGAAAAUGCCGCGGCGAUGUUGCUGGGAAAUGGAGUGAAUUUACAUCAGGUAAAGAUUAAUAAAUUCAAUAUUAAAAGAUGUUUAUAGUAUUUUCUCCUAUACUGUUUUACGUAUUUUACAAUCUUCCAGGUGAUCGACGUUCCCAGUCAAAACGAGUCACUCUAUUUUGAGACAGGAUUUGUCCACUUUUUGGCCGAUAUGAAUGUCCGAAAUUUGCUGUAA